CAACCUUUUCUCCUCAGCCACACUUUUUUUAAAAAAGGGGAAAAAAUAUUCCGGUGAGCGGCUGAGAGGCGGGCGGCUUUGCGUGUUGCUACUGCAAAGAGGGAGCCAAGUUUCUGUCGGUGGGGUCCGCCCAGCGGCGUUGUCAGGGCGAGGGGGCGCCUCCCCGCCCAUGCCCACUGCAGCGGAGAGAAGGAGGCGGAGGCGUGGUGGUGGACAGUGAACCCCCUUUGCCUGCCACGGGCUGCUGUGCGUGCCGACUAUGCCAUGAGAGUUUCAGCAACUGCUGCCGCCGCCACCUCCUCCUAUUGCUCCACAGACACCCAAACGCAGGAGAGCCGAGGCGCCGCCGGAGUGGCGGCCGCCGCUCGCCCUCGCCAUGCACGGGCUGUGCUGCUGCCUCUGCUUGGUGGCGGCCGCUGUGUCGGGGCUGUCGGUGGCCAACAGGAAUUGCCCGGACCUCGUCGUUGACAGCUGCCUCUGCGCCGCCGAGCGGUCCAAGGGACCCGGCCGUCAAACCGUCCGCAUCAAAGUUGUCUGCAGCGGAGGAGAGUUGGUGGAAACUUUGCAGCCUUCCUUAUUGCCCAACCGCACGGUGUCCCUAAUUCUGAGUAAUAACAAGAUCUUGUGGUUAAAGAACAACUCUUUCAUUGGACUGAGAUCCCUGGAGAGACUGAUCUCUUCAUGUAUACAGAGAUACAGGCACAGCUUAGGAAAUCAGAAAUCAGAAAUAGAUCUGAAGAAUAACUUGAUUAGUACUAUUGAGCCUGGGGCCUUCUAUGGACUUUCAGAACUGAAGCGUCUGGAUCUUUCUAAUAACAGAAUUGGCUGUUUAACACCUGAAAUAUUUGUCGGCCUUAAAAACCUUCAUAAAUUGAAUUUAUCAGGGAACAUUUUUUCAAGUCUCAUGAAUGGACUAUUCUCUGAGCUGUUAGCUCUGAAAGCUUUACAUUUCUACACUGAUUCUCUCAUCUGUGACUGUAAUCUCAAAUGGGUCUUACACUGGGCUAGAAAUGCCUCAGUUCGGAUAGCAGAAGAAACAGUUUGUGCUUUCCCAAAGAACUUACAAGGAACAGCAUUUCGGAACCUGAAAGAAAACCAGCUGAUAUGUGCUGGACCUCUGGAGCUGCCUCUUUUUGAACUCAUACCAUCACAGAAACAGGUGGUUUUUCAUGGUGACCGCUUGCCAUUUCAGUGUACGGCAACAUACCUCGAUAAUACUACACAAGUGCAUUGGUAUCAUGAAGGUCGCCUAGUUAAAACUGAUGACGAAAGUGGCUUGUUUGUGGAGGACAGCAUAACACAUGAUUGCUGUUUAAUUACACGUGAGCUUAUUUUAUCCAGCAUUGAUAUUGAUGCAACAGGAAAGUGGGAAUGCAUGGUCAGCAACUCCUAUGGAAACAUCUCUAAGCAGGUGGAAAUUGUUGUGCUGGAAACAGCUGCAGCUUAUUGUCCUGCUGAAAGAAUAGUUAACAAUAAAGGCGAUUUCAGAUGGCCCAAAACUCUGGCUGGUGUAAUUACUUACCAUCCAUGUCUUCAGUAUUCAUUCAAUUCAGCUUCCCUUUUGAAUGGAGCAGAAGAGUCAAAAGCAUGGCGUAAGUGUAACCGCACAGGUUGGUGGGCUGAAGAAAGCUAUUCUGAAUGUCCUUACUCACAAGAAGCAACUCAAGUCCUUCAUGCCUUUAGUCAGAUGCAUCUUAAUUCCACCAAUGCACUUGAAUUUUCCCAUCAGCUUGCAACCUACACAAGAGAUGCUGCCAACUUUGCAGAUAAGGAGGACGUUAUCUAUUUGGCUUACAUGCUAGAAAAGCUAAUCGUAUAUAUGAAUGAAAUAAAAGAUCUUGCAGAUGCUGUAGUUGACAUUGCCAGCAAUAUAAUGCUAGUAAAUGACCAUGUAUUAUGGAUGGCACAAAAGGAAGAUAAAGCUUGUACUAGGAUUGUACAGUGCGUGGAAUAUAUUGCAAAUCACAUUCUGACCAGUAAUACGCAAGUCAUAUCCAAGGUUUCUGUUAAUAUUGCUCUGGAGGCCUUUAUGAUCAAGCCAUCUAGUUUCCUGGGGAUGACUUGCACUGCCUUUCAGAAAAUAUCUACACAUCCAGACCAGUCACUGAGCCAUGUUAGAGGGAACAGGGAGACAGACCAACAUUUGAAUUUUAAAUGCAAUGCUGGCAGUCAUAGUGCCUCUGUGGUGAAUUUAUCUUCAAUGGAUGCUGUGGCAGUAGCUUCAGCUCAUUUGCCGCGAUCUGUCUUCUCUUCGUCUUCAGCCUUGCAAUCUGUUGAUAACUCCUCUUGCAAGCUACAGUUUAUUGCCUUUCGGAAUGGAAAACUCUUCCCGAGCACUGCAAACUCAUCUAACCUUGCAGAUUAUGGGAAGCACAGGACUGUUGGCACGCCAGUUGUCUUCAUUAAAAUAGAUGGGUGCAGUAUCGGAAACCUCACCAGUCCUCUUACUAUAGUGUUGAAGCACUUUACACAGGGUAUAAACCCCAUUGCAGUCUUUUGGGAUUUUGACCUUCUAAAUGGACAUGGAGGCUGGUGGGGAGAAGGGUGCUACAUAAUUAGCUCUGCAGGCAACAUUACUACCCUUCAUAGUACUCACUUGGGUAACUUUGCAGUGCUAAUGGAUCUGAAGACAGUGUUGACCCUCCCCCAGUACCCUGGGGAGUUCCUGCACCCUGUGGUCUAUGCAUGUACUGCUGUCAUGCUGUUAUGCCUGUUUGCUUCAAUUAUCACCUAUAUUGUGCAUCACAGCACAAUUCGAAUCAGCAGAAAAGGCUGGCACAUGCUUCUCAACUUCUGUUUCCAUACCGCUCUCACUUUUGCUGUUUUUGCUGGCGGAAUAAACCGUGUAAAAUACCCUAUUAUCUGUCAAGCGAUUGGCAUAGUAUUGCAUUAUUCUACGCUCUCUACAAUGCUGUGGAUUGGAGUGACUGCAAGGAAUAUUUAUAAGCAAGUCACAAAAAAGCCUCAGACCUCCCAAAACAGUGACCAGCCUUCUUAUCCAAAGCAGCCCUUGCUCAGGUUUUAUCUGAUUAGUGGAGGAGUUCCUUUUAUUAUUUGUGGAAUUACAGCAGCAAUCAACAUAAAUAAUUAUGGGAUAAAAAACUACGCAGAAGCCCAAUUUUGUUGGAUGGCAUGGGAGCCAAGUCUUGGUGCAUUUUAUGGACCAGUCGCAUUCAUCAUCCUGGUCACCUGCGUUUAUUUCCUCUGCACAUACGUGCAAUUGAGGCGUCACCCAGAACGCAAAUAUGAAUUGAAAGAAAGGACAGAAGAUCAGCAGAGGCUGGCAAGUCCUGAAGUUGGCCAUAGUCACAUCACAGAUUCUGGAUCAGUCUCCCAGGCUACAUGUUCAAUGAUUUCUUCUUCCUUGUUGGAAAAUGAGCACUCAUUUAAGGCUCAGCUUCGAGCUGCAACAUUCACUUUGUUCCUGUUUACUGCCACUUGGACCUUUGGUGCACUUGCUGUUUCCCAAGGACACUUCUUGGAUAUGAUAUUUAGCUGCCUGUAUGGAGCAUUUUGUGUGACCCUAGGGCUCUUCAUCCUUAUCCAUCACUGUGCAAAACGAGAUGACGUAUGGCAUUGCUGGUGGUCCUGUUGCCCAUCUAGAAGAAACACAUACUCAGUGCAAGUUAAUGUCCGGCCAAAGGUUAAUGUCAAUGGGGAAAGCCAGAUCCAUGCCCCAUGUCUUCAGGAAUCACCUUGUCCUACUAAAUCUGUUGUUUUUAAUCACCCAGCUCCUAGUCACUGCAAACUUACAAAUCUACAAGCAGUUCAAAACCACGUCAACUGCCUUUCACCUGUCACACCAUGCUGUGCUAAAAUGCACUGUGAUCAGCUCCUUGAAGAUGAAAGUCAUAUUCAUGUACACAACGAGGGGACUUUCAGACCCAACAUGCACAUUCAUAGAUGCUUGAAAAGCAGAACUAAGCCACGAUACUUCAGCCGACAUCGGUCUGCGGGAGAAAGAGAGUAUGCUUACCAUAUUCCUUCCAGUAUUGAUGGCAGCAUCCACAGUUCACACACAGACAGUCCACACAGUGCACAUGACAGUCAGUCAGGCCACAGACGGCCCUGUUGUGCAAAAAAUGAUCCAUAUCCUACCAUCAGUCAACCUGAAAGUAGUGAUGCGAGUACUGUGAUCUACAGUUGCACUAAAAUACCAGAAAGUGAGACAUUGCACCAUGCAGCUCAUUUUGAGAUGCAUCCACGGACACAGUCUUUGCCAUUUAGCACAACCAGCCACAAUGGCAUUCUAAAGGGAAACCUACAUGAAGCCAUGAUCUACAGUUCAGACAGUACAGGAAAUAUCAAAACCGGCCCUUGGAAGAAUGAAACUACUGUGUAGUUGGUGGGCCACUCUUCUCCUUUUUGCAGCUCAGACCAUCUUAGGGUGCAGUCCUAUACACACUUACCUGUGAAUAAGCACUAUUGGACUCAGUGAGGCUUACUUCUGAGUAGACAUGCAUAGGAUUGCACUGUUAGUCUUUGUUUCCCUUCUGAGUAAGAUUCUACAUGUUUGUGUAGCACAUCAGUAAACUGUACAGGUUUUCAACCUAUUGUUUUCUUAAUAAGAGGCUUUUUUAAAAGCAGUGGUAGUUUUGAAAUUAUUUUUAAAAAAAUUAUGGGACAUGGUUGGGGGAGCUAAAAAGUAAAUCCUAGGGCGUAGAGUAGAAUAUGAGACAAUAUCCUUUUGUUACCACACACAGUAAUGUUUCAUUUUAAUUUUUUAAAUAUCCUGCAUUAGCAUCAGACACUUUUAUAUCAGCAUCACAGACUUUCCUUUGUCAUUCAUAUAGCAGAAAACUAGCAGUGGUGAAAGAGGAUGAUUAUUUUCUAACCAGAUCAACACAGCUUUUUAGACCUACAAAGGUGAUACUGCCUCUAAAGACCUUCUGUAGCAUAUGGCCUGUAAAAUCAUGUAGUGUACGGUCACUGUUAUGUCUCCUUUCUGUCUGAGAUAAAUAUUAAGUAAUGUUCCUUGUUAACAUCUGUGGUGCUGUAUUGUUGCAUUUCUUUUUAUUUUAUUUUACUUUAUUUUUGCAUGACACAUGGUCAGGAUAAUACCAUUUGCUGUUUUCUAGUGUGACAUGUGUAAAAUUGGGGCGGGGGGAAAACAUUGUAAAAGGCUGUGACUAUUCAUGUUGGUAUUAAUCUAGAGCAUUUUGAAUCUAUGAAAAAACAGAAAGAAACACUAUUGCACAAGUUUUAAGUGGCACAAUCCUUUGUGUAAGGUUAUAUGAUAGCUUUGGUAAGGGUCCACUCUAAUGUCUCUACAGAGCAUGCACUAUUCAUUGUAUGUGGCACUGUGCAGUGUAAUAGCAACUGUCUCCAUGAGUUUCACUUCUUUGUAUGACUUCUGAAACCAAUCUGCAAGUUGUCCUACUAUCAACUUUUUUAAAACAGCAGCAACAGCAACGGAAAAGUACAGUUUUGUAAUUAACUCUUUGAGGACUACAGUCAUUUACUUCAUUAAUUACUUAGGGCACGAUCCAACCCAAGUUAAAUUUGAAGACCCAUUGAUUUCAAUGGAACAGAGAAAGCAGUGCAUCUUCUUAAACUUUCCUACUAAAAUCAAUGGGAUAUAAAAGUAUUACUUUUCUUCUGGAUCAUUCCCUUCCACUAGCAUGGAGUUGGGAGCAGAUAAGGACUUGUAUACAGUAGGGCCUCACUUACCAGCGAUUCGCUUACUGGCGUUCCGCUAAUGCAGCGGCUUUAAUUCCCCUUUUUAAAGCCGAUUUUGUGGCAUUUUCGUGGCAUUUUCGCAUGACGGACCCCAUUUAUAAUCAAUGGGGUUCCACUUUAUGGCUAUUUCCACUUUACGGCAGGGGUCCGGAAUGGAACCUGCGGUAUAAGCGGGGCCCGCCUGUAUGCAGUAUUGCUUUAUAUAAGAAUAAGAAUGACAAUGUAGUCCACAGUAUUCAAAUAAGGGAAAUCUAUCUCACUUUUAAGGCUGCAAUUUUAAAACCCUUUCUAGGGAGUAAGUCCCAGUGGACACAGUCGGCCUUACUUCCAAGUAAACAUACACAGGAAUUAUAAAUAUAAUUUUAAAGAUAUUUAUUAAUUCUCCAUUUUAGGUGAAAUCCUUUCCCUCCCAUGCCCUUCAGUCCUUUGCCAAAGCAAAUUUGGAAUUGGCUUCAUAUUUCCCUGCAAAUUUGACCCAAAAGUCACAUGACUUUUCAUUGAUUUAUUCUGCUGAGCUCCAGGAUAUUUUGGAUCAGUAGCAUUCUCUGUUCAGGAGGCUUUGGGCAUAUGAACAUCUGGACACAAAGCUCCAACUCACAGUAAAAAUAGGAUUAUAAUUACCCUUAUUUAAAACCCUAUUCAAAACUUUUAAGAGUCUGGUUAUCAGUUGGUGACAUAAUGUGAAUGGGGCUAUACAUCCAAAGAGGGCAGGGCAGAGAGAGUCUGCAAUGAAAAAAAAGACUAGCAUUUCCACAAAUAUAAAAAGAACAAGCACAGUGUUAAAUGGUUGUUAAGAGAAAAUUUAUAGACAUAUCACACUCUUUCAAGUACCCAUUACAUUACUUAUAAUUUAGGGAAUUCCCUGGAAAUGAGCAUUACUUUGUAGGAGAUAUUUUUGUCAAGAUCUUUACAAAAUUCAACUCAUUAUGUGUUCUUAUCAGCAUGUUAUGAAUCCCUCCAUUUAUGAUAUGUAACAAUCUAUUUCCUACAGUGUACAUAACAGAUGGUUAUUAUAAUUGUUGGAAUUAUAUAAAAAUGUGUGUCAGAUGAAUGCGUUCUGCAUUGUUUGCAGGUGGAAAUUAGUACUCAAAGGGUUAAUGCUCAGUAUCUGAGUGCAAGGAAUUUCUUUUUUCCUUUGUGUAUUUUUAUAAAGUAAAAAUAUAUAUUGUAAAUUACAGCAGAUAAUGUAUCCAUUGUGUGUGGUGUGUAUGUGUGUUGUUGUGUGUCUUUCGAAGGUGAACAAAGCAGAAUGCACUAGGUGAGUGUUGAGUUUGAACAGUAUUCAGCCUUUUAUGAUUGCUUCUUUUAGAUGAUACAAAAAGGAAAAAAAUAUUCUGAGCUUUAUUAUGUAUAUGCUUGAAUUCUCUCAGAGCUAAAAUACAGUAUUUUGCAAUGUGUGCAUAAUAUAAUUUCUUUUUCAUCAUUUAUUUUUCCAUGUAUAUGUUACUAUCAUUUCACAACAUUAGUGAAACUAUAUAGGCAUAGAUAUACUAUUAAAUGCCGCACUUCUGUAUCUCAGUGAUAUUUAUAAUACUCUGUAAUAGCUAAGUCCUAGAAGGUCUCUAGAAUAAUGCAAAAUAAUCCACGCACACAGGUCCAUAUGAAAUAGUCACGUUUCAGGAACAAACUCACUGAAGUUCUCCAGCUUGUUUCUAUUGCCAGUGUUGUUCUGUCCAACAAAAAGAGAGAAUUAAAUGGGUGCUGCUUUCCUGAGAUCUUCUGUUAUAAACCUCUCCUGAAUAUUAACGUUCAGUAUUGAUACAACUUCCAUAUUAUGUCUGAAUAUAAAGUUAGCAAAUAUUUCUGGGCUAAUUUGGAAACAAUGUUAUACAAUAAUCUGUUUGCAUUAUUUUUUUAAAGAAAAUAUACAAUAUAAUUGCAGAGUAGG